AGGUGAUCCGGGGGUCGCCACUUCCGGCGGCAAGAUGGCGGCGGCGCUGGCUCCUCCGGCCCAGGACGGAGGCCCGACGCCAACGCCGCCGCCGCCUCAGCAGCAGCAGCAGCCGCCCUACGAGGUGAAGAGCCAGUUCCGGACCAGGGAGGGCUCGUACCGGCUGCUGGGGGCGCCCGAGCCGAGGGCCAAGCCCGCCGGAGCGGCCACCCCUUCUUCUUCCUCCUCUUCCUCCGCAGCGCCGCCGCCGCCGCCGUCGUCUUCCGCCUCGGGAGGAGCCCCGCCGCCGCCUCCACCGCCCGCCCCCUCGCUGCCUCCCGUCCGCCUCUCCCUGGUGCGGCUGAACUCUUCCAGCGGAGGAGGAGGAGGAGGGGACCCCGGCGGGGAGGGCGACCCCGGGGCCUUGGCUGCCGAGAGGAGCCGCGUCUGCUUCAACCUGGGCAGGGAGCUCUACUUCUACUCCGGGUCCGGAGGCGCGCCUGGGAGGGGACGACGGUCCAUUGACCUAAAGAAACCCAUUGACAAGAGGAUCUAUAAGGGGACGCAGCCUACUUGCCACGAUUUCAACCAGUUCACAGCUGCAUCAGAAACUAUCUCGCUGCUGGUUGGCUUCUCAGCUGGGCAGGUGCAGUACCUGGAUCUUAUCAAGAAAGAUACCACUAAACUAUUCAACGAAGAGCGACUGAUUGACAAGACCAAGGUGACUUUUGUGAAGUGGAUCCCUGAGACCGAGAGCCUUUUCCUGGCCUCCCACGCCAGUGGCCACUUGUACCUGUACAACGUGGAGCACCCCUGCGGCUCAGCCUCGCCCCAGUACACCCUCCUGAAACAAGGCGAGGGCUUCACUGUCUACGGGUGCAAGAGCAAGAGCGCUCGCAACCCACUCCUGAAAUGGGCGGUUGGCGAAGGAGCCCUCAACGAAUUCGCCUUCUCCCCCGACGGGCGCUACCUGGCUUGUGUCAGCCAAGACGGCUGCCUCCGUGUCUUCCAUUUUGACUCCAUGCUUCUGCAGGGGAUGAUGAAGAGCUACUUCGGGGGCCUGCUGUGCGUCUGUUGGAGCCCUGACGGGCGCUACAUCGUGACGGGGGGCGAGGACGACCUGGUAACAGUCUGGUCCUUUGCCGAGGGCAGGGUCAUUGCCAGGGGCCACGGCCACAAGUCGUGGGUCAAUGCUGUGGCUUUUGACCCCUUCACCACUAGCACGGAGGACGACGGAAGUGGGGAGUUCAGUGGGAGUGACGAGGACAUCCAAGAGACGUCCAAUUUUGGCAGGGUAAGGACAAGCAGCACCCUCUCCCACCUCUCUAAGCACAGCACCAAAAGUACGCCCUCGGUGACUUACCGCUUUGGCUCUGCCGGCCAGGACACCCAGUUCUGCCUUUGGGAUCUGACGGAAGACGUCUUGUACCCUCAUCACCCGCUCUCCCGGGCCCGAACGCUCACCAACACCUUCAGCGCCGGCAUCCCCCCUUCCGGGAGUGGUGGGAGCAACCUGGCUGCUGAAUCCACCGGCGGAGGGGCCCUCCCUCGCUCGCUGUCCCGCUCCAACAGCUUGCCCCACCCAGCCGUCACCAGCGCCGCCAAGAGCCACGUGGCCGAUGGGGUGGUGCCCUUCAGCAUCGGCAAGUUCGCCACCCUGACCUUGCAGGAGCGGAAGGAGAAGAACGCCGAGAAAGAGCACAAGCGCUACCACAGCUUGGGCAACAUCAGCAAGAGCAACGACAAGCUCAACGUGGUGCCCAAAAGCAAGCUGGAUACCGCCAAGGUCUUGGGCACUUCCCUGUGCCCCCGCAUCAACGAAGUGCCCCUCCUGGAGCCCCUCAUUUGCAAGAAGAUUGCCCACGAACGGCUGACCGUCUUGCUUUUCCUGGAGGACUGUAUCAUUACUGCUUGCCAGGAGGGCCUCAUCUGCACCUGGGCCAGGCCGGGGAAAGCAACUCUGAACUCUCAGAACGGCGGCUCCCCGAGUGGCACAGUGGUAUAGACCUGGCCCUAUCCCUCCGUCAGCCGGCCCCUUUGGCUCCUUGCGCCGGUGAAACCCUCGGACUCUUUGUCGGUAUCCUGCUGUAUGUACAGGUUGUUUCCUCCCUCCCUCUCCUGGAACGAGAGACACUAAUGGAGUUUAACUUAAUAUAUUGGAGAACUAUGUAGCACAGGACCCUUUGCACUUCUCAGCUAUUUAAAAAAAAGUAUUAACGAACCGUAUUUAAAAGCUAAGGAUUUUAGCACAGGCCGCUGGAGGGCAGGUUUUGCACAAGGGUGAACUGAGCUGCCCCUUCCUCCUUGCCUCCUCUCCCCGCCUUUCCCUCAAGUCUCCCAGACUGGGAUCCGGAACCGCCUUUCAUCUGGACUCGGCUGAAUUUCUCCCAGUCUUCCAGAAGCGGAAGGAAUCCCUUUUGCAAAGGGGAAAUGCCCCACUCCGCCCCCUCACCCCAAAAAAGUCCUUUCAAAGGAACCCCUGUGUCUGUUUUGUUUCUUCCUCCCUCUUUUUUAAAAUUUCUAUUUUUGUUUUUGGUGUAUUUUGCACAAGAUAUUCCAGUUUUUUUGUUCUGCUGAUGGGGACACUGUUGGCACCUCCACCCAGAAGAGCCUCUCUUCAGCCUCGUACUCUUCCCCUGCCGCCAAACAUCGUAGUGCACCAAAUGAUCUCCAAAGAGGCAUUCCUUAAUGUUCAAAUUCCAGCAAGAUCCUGCCCAAGAGUUCCUGCCUCCUUUUGGCCAGCAUCCUAUCUCAACGUGAGGGUCCAGCUUGCUGCCAUCUUAUCUUUUAUCCCUAAUUCUUUGACUUUCCUCCAAAAUUUAUUUUUUUGAGAUGCUAAGUGGACUUCACUUUGAACUGGCAGGCACUUCUACUUGAAGACACUUUCAUUCCUCUCCUCCCCACCCCAACAGGCUGGCUGACACAAACGUGCUUUGGUUUUGGAGUUUGCCUCCAUGGGUUUCUACUGUCACAUCCAGGCAAACGUCAUGCAGUCUGUCCCCUAAUGCCAAGGCUGGGCUGGGAUGUGGAAUCAGGGUCCUUGGCUGCAGUUUCACCAGUGAAAACUACAGGAGCAACAGCUGACCUCUCUCUCUCUUUCUUUAUUUGUCUCCCUCACAAAAACAAAACUAUUCAGGUGCUACUGGAUGGCAUUUUACCAUUUUAAUGUCGGCUACUGAAGUGGAAUUAAUGUCGGCUACUGCAUCCCCUUUGGGGUGAGAAGGGCAGGAUAUAAGUGUCGUAAAUGACCAGUGUGGGUUGGCAGCUCAUUUGUCCAGAUAGCUCAGUCUUUGCCAACUAGAAUGCCUUCCAAAUACGUUGAACUACGAACCCCAUCUUGCCCCAACCUGCCUGGGUAUAGUGAUAGCACGGUCCUACAUAUCAUGUGUAUUUUAAUGUCGGCUACUGAAGUGGAAUUAAUGUCAGCUACUGCGUCCCCUUCGGGGUGAGAAGGGCAGGAUAUAAGUGUCGUAAAUGACCAGUGUGGGUUGUCAUCUCAUUUAUCCAGAUAGACCAGCCUUUGCCAAUUAGAAUGCCUUCCAAAUAUAUUGGACUGCGAACCCCAUCCUGCCCCAACCUGCCUGGGUAUAGUGAUAGCAUGGUCCUACAUAUCUGGGGCGCAUUUGUUAGGGAUGACUAAGAACCCCUUGUAUUGCUCAGCUUAGGAACAGAGGUUUUCCUAUCAUGAGUGGAAGCGAACACGGUGGAUCUGAUGCUGUUUCACUUUUCCACCCUGUCAGUGUGUUGGACCACAAUCACUACAACCUCAAUCUUGUGGUGGGGAUGGUGCUGUUGGGGGAUGUCACACGGGAGAGACUUGUCUCCAAGCAUGGAUAGAGCCCAUCUCUGCCACGGCAUUGGCCUCCGAGUCACACGAGGUGCAUUUCACUGCCUACAUAGGUGACUUUUGAUAGAUGACAUGCUUGUUCUAUGAAGCUGUGUGUUGGGUAUAGUGAUAGCACAGUUCUACAUAUCUGGGGCACAUUUGUUAGGGAUGAUUAAGAACCCCUUCUUUUGCUCAGCUUAGGAACAGAGGUUUUCCUAUCAUGAGUGUUUGGGUUGAUGAGUGGAAGCAAACGCUGUGGAUCUGAUGCUGUUUCGCUUUUCCACUCUGUCAGUGUGUUGGACCACAAUCACUACAACCUCAAUCUUGUGGUGGGGAUGGUAGGAGUUACAACCUGGUGCUGUUGGGGGAUGUCACAUGGGAGAGACUUGUCUCCAAGCAUGGAUAGAGCCCACCUCUGCCAUGGCAUUGGCCUCUGGGUCACACGAGGUGCAUUUCACUGCCUUUUGAUAGAUGACAUGCUUGUUCUGUGAAGCUGUGUGUGGAACUAAGGAGUGGGCUUCCUUAGGCACUGGGUUUUGUGUUAAUUCACGUAAGUGUUGUGGAAUAAUAGCUGUGCUUGAAAUCAGUUCAAAGCAAACAAAAUUAUCUUUUUAAAGGUAUGUAUGUAAUCAGGGGUUUGGCAAUUUAAAAUGGACCAGAAACAUUUUGAAGCAGGAUCAUUUGGUGAUACAUAGUGGAUGGGAUCCAAACUUGGACACUUGGCAGAGCCAUUGGAAUUGAAAGGAUAUCUUAGUCAUGGCUAAUUGAAGUCCUAUUGAUUUUCCAGUGGGUUUGGUAUGGCUGCAUCCAGAUGCAACCUGUUGUUUUCUCUGGGCACGCUAAAUUUAUUUAUCAGUAACUAGAGAUUCAACUUUGUUUAAAUUUUGGAUGGCUUUGAAUCGGUUUACAGCACAGUUUUGUUUGUGUGCAACAUUGCAUGGCUCACGCAACUGGCAUUCACCUCCCCUUUGUCUGGAUCUGGCAAUUGGCAUGGGGCAAAAAGAGGUCUCCAAACGCUAUCUGCAAGAUAUGAUUGUGUUUCGAGAUUGUGUUUCUGGAAUCGGGAAGUGACGGAGCUUGAGGGACCACAACAUCUCAAUGAUUUGACCUGGAAAUAGCCAGCCAGAGACUGAGAGGAGCUCUUGGCUUUGUUUUCCUUUGGUCUGAGCAGUUCCACCACCAAAAAAAGGAAUUGGGAGCAGGAUCAAGGAUGGGGUGGGCUACUGUGGAAAGCUAGAGCACUUCUUUUGCCUUCUUGGUUUCCUCACAGAAUCUGGUAAUGCAGGUCCAUGGCAAAAGCUUGGAUGGAGUGGAGAUGCUUUUGAAAUAGUGCUGCAGAUGGCAUUUGAAGUCACCUUGCACUGUAUUCUUACCUGUUGUUGUGUUGGCUUUGGCUGUUUGUCGGGGAGGCUUUGGGCUUGUAAGAGCCAUCCACAUCAUUUGGGUGGCAAUGAGUAAGACGUGUCAAGGUCAAGGGUGUUUAUUGGGAUUUUUCCCAAGGUCCCCAGCCAUUGUGGUCAAUAGCUAGGCUGACCAGGGGCAGAUCCGCGAGUAUCUUUUCUUAGCUCUGUUUGAAGCCUGGCUGCACCCCCGUAGCACUUGUUUUACAGUGGAACAUCAGGAUGAACCAGGAAUAGUUGAACUGGCCAGUGGUGUUAUCUAGAAAUGGCUGAAAAGCCCUUGCCUGGAAUGUGUUUGAUGGCUUCCUAUAGUUUCACAGCAGCUCAGUGAGCCCAUUUUCUGCACAUGCUCAGAAGCACACUGUCAUAUCGGUUGCAGCUUUGCAUGUUCUGAGGCCGAGUCUCCGGCGGGGUCAGCCUGUCUCAAGCAUCCAUCACAGAGGACUCUUAUUUAUAUCCAUUCCCCAAACAGACUCUGGACUAGCAGAGGGGGGUGGGUCCCUCUUUGCCCCCUGGCUCACUGUGAACCCUCCCUUGGGCUCUCCACAGGCAGAAUUUGACCCUCUCCCUAUCCUUUCCCAUCAAGAGAGAGCUCUUGUCCCAUCAGAGCAGCUGAAAAGGAGGACUCAGAUUCCCUCCCCAGGAAACAAAAGCCAUACUGGGUCCAGAACCCCCGUGCACCAAUGACAACGACAUCUGCUUUGCCCUAUGCCUGGCAAGAAGAGCAACAAGGGAGGAGGAGAUGGUGGCGCGGGUUUAGCUCUACUCGGAUCCAUCGCGACGGGACACACGGACCUUGGAGGACACUUCUGGUUUUGCCCUUCCCUUUCCUCCUCCUCCCCCGGCCUCCAGAUGCAUGUCACCCUCCCACGGUAUCUCUCUCUUUCUCUUUCUCUCUGCCCCCCAGACCCAAACUCCCGCGGCCUUUGCCUGCCAGCUGGCGUCUGGCGGCCUCGCCCUGUCCCCCUCGGCGGCGUCCGAGCCCCGGAAGAACGUGCCGACGACGACGACGCUCCCCCUGUGCCUUCGUCACUUUACUACCUGCUCUAAACGUUUGUUACUGUUGUGUGUCUGGGAACAACAAAGAAAAAAAGUGUUUAAAUUAUGGCAUCGUGAUCUCCUGUUUACUACUAAAGAGACGGUUUUCACAACA